AUUUCAGCUCUCCUUUAAUCUAAAACUACAUGCUUUAAAACUGUUCAAAGAUAAAAUAUAUUUUUAAUAGAAAGCUGAACAUACGAUUGGAAUAUCGGUUAAAUUAUCCUCAGAUCAGAAUUAUAGAUCUAAUAAAACUGCAAAGAAAUUAAACUUAUUUAUUCCUAAAAGUUUUCUUAAUAAAUGUAACUACUGCCCACCUCUGGACCUGGUUGAUGGAUCAAUACUCAAACUUGAUAUUUCACUCACCAAAUGUUGACUAGACUGAAAACACCCAGGUUUACUCCUUAGAGACUCUGAUUAAUAUUAAGCAAAUAAGAAAACAAAACUGUUGCUUUGUCUUUUUGCUGCACAGCCUGAAAGUUUAGUAUUUAAAGUUUUGUUGAAAUACUAAAAGCAAAUAUUAAUAGUUUAUAAAAGUGAAACUCUAGAAAGGUUUCUGGUUGUUCUGUGUUGAAGCAGAGUUUUAUUCCUACACUCAGUCAUGGAGCUCUUAGUUUUACUUUCUGAUACUGUGGAGAGAUUAGACGUUAGAGAGCUGAGGUUUGGUUGACUCAGUUGUUUUGAAAGGAAAACUGGUGUGACGAUCAUUAAACUACAAACGUCAUAACUUUUGCAGCCCUCCUCUUCCUGGAUCCAAAGCCUCGCUCUCCUUUCUGCUCUCAUAAAGCUUGAAGCUGGGAGGAGCCAACAUGUGCUGAGGGUAAAACCUGAUUGGCUGCAGCUUCUCUGCACUGACAUGUGAUUGGUGGAUCAGAGCUCAAAUCAGUUUAUGUUUUCUUGAAAUGAAACUCACACAGUCACUGUGACAGAGAGGAGAAAUGGCGCAGCAGGCAGGUCAGCUGAAUCGAGAAACUUUCUCCUGUCCCCUCUGUGUGGAUCUACUGAAGGAUCCGGUGACGAUUCCCUGUGGACCCAGCUACUGCAUGAACUGUAUUAAAAGCUUCUGGGUUGGAGAGGGUGAAAAAGGAAUGCACAGCUGCCCUCAGUGCAGGAGAACCUUCACAACAAGGCCUGUCCUGCAGAAGAGCGCCGUGCUAGCAGCUUUAGUGGAGCAGCUGAAGAAGACUGGACUCCAACCUGCUCCUGCUGAUCACUGCUAUGCUGGACCUGAACAUUUUGCCUGUGAUAUCUGCACUGAGAGGAAGCUGACAGCCUUCAGGUCUUGUUUAUUCUGUCUGGCUUCUUUCUGUGAGAAAAACCCUCAGCUUCAUUAUGAAUCAGCUCCCUUUAAGAAACUCCAGCUGGUGGAGCCGUCCAAGAACGUCCUGGAGAAAGUCUGCUCUCGUCAUGAAGAGGUGAUGAAGAUGUUCUGCCGCACUGAUCAGAAGUGUAUCUGCAUUAUCUGUCUAAUGGAGGAACAUAAAGGCCAUGACACAUUGUCAGCUGCAGCAGAACCAGAACCACAGAACAGAGACAGAUUCUUAAAAUAUACUUUUGAAUUCUCAUUGGAUCUAAACACAACAAGCAGUAAAUUGGAAGUAAAUGAGAGUAACAGGACAGUGACACGGACAUGGACAAAUGUAAAUAAUCCUGAUUCUAGUAAACCAGACAGAUUCACUGGAUGGCCUCAAGUUAUGAGCAGAGAGAAAGUGACUGGGCGAUGUUACUGGGAGGUGCAGUGGAAACGGAGAGUUCGUGUUGCCGUCGCAUACAAGGAUCUCAGCAGAGCAGGAAACAGGAAUGAAUGUGAAUUUGGAUACAAUGACAAAUCUUGGGCAUUGAGUUGUUAUCAAAGCAGUUUUAGUUUUGGUCACAGCAACAUCUGGACCUCCAUCUCAGGUCCAGUUUCCUUCAGAGUGGGAGUGUACCUGGACCACGGAGCAGGUCUUCUGUCCUUCUACAGCGUCUCUGAAAACAAGAAAACCAUGAUUCUCCUCCACAGAGUCCAGACCAAAUUCACUCAGCCGCUGCAUGCUGGGGUUUGGGUUGGGGAGGAAUCCUCUGCACAGUUCUGUUAACCCAAAUAGAUUCCCUUUUGUUUCUCUGAUUGUUGAUCAGGGUUCAUGGCUCUGAUGUCUCUUGUGUCCUGAUCUUCUUUAUGUUUCUGGUUUAAUUGUAGUUUUCUGUCUUCCAGAAGCUAUAAAGUAUAUCCCAGCUGAUGGAUUUUUUCUUUCUUGUGUAUCACAGAAAUAUUUCUCCACAUGAAAAUAUAAACUUAAUGUGUGUAUUGAUGUAUUUGGAUGUUCUGGUUUGUAGAGGUUGAUGUAUAAUUCAUGUUUGUUUGCAGCAUGACUAAUAUUUAGUCCCCUGUGUUUAACUUGCUUGACUUUAAUAAAACUAGAGGAACCAAGAACGAUUUGAUGCUUAGAAAAAUACUGACUAUCACUGCACGCUAUUUGAAAAUCAAAAAGUGGAGAUGUUGGUAAAAUAAUCACAAUAUCAGCUGCAAUAAAUUUACAUUUCUUCAGUCCUGCUGUACAGUGUGAUCUUUAUCAUCCUACACUGCCCCCUUGUGGUCAAAUAAUUUAUCUGACAAAUAAAAUCAAAUGCAAAUGGAAAAUAAAUUUCUUUUUAAGCAACAUAACAGGCACUAUAACUUAAUGAAGGGAAACAAGCAGCAAAGUGCAGAAACCUUUGGGUCCUCAAAGCUAAACAGAAGAACAUAAAACAAGAUUUUAAAACAAAACAGCAACAUAAUUACAUCAGGUUGAUAAACAAAAACAAAAAUUCAUCAGGAGUAUAAUAUGAAAUGACGUCAUACUAGCUCACUGUCAUCAGGUGGGACAAUGCAAAGCAAAAGUAGCUUUUGUUUUACCUCCUGGGUACAAUGUUACUGGUUACAGGUGAGAAAUGAUCACUAAAUAUUUAGCACAUUAAGAAAUAAUUUAAAUUGCUGCUUGUCUGACUGAACAAAUUAAUAACUUGUAGCUGGUCAGCUUCCACAGCGGCUUUAAAGGUCAAAAUAACUCAGAGAGACUAGUUCUGCUUUUCUCCUGUAAUGUUGUGUUUGUAGUUGGAGAUGAAAUAAAUUCAUAUCUUUUGCAGACAGCCAUGAAAAAAACAUUAAAUCCCCACUAAAUAAAAAUAAAUCAUAAUUUAUAUUUAUUUAUGUGUUGUGUCCACUGGACAGUGUGAAAGGCAGCAGGUGUGUGUGU